AUGGAGGCUGCUGUCGUGCAGGAGGAGCAGCACCAUGAGCUGGCCCCGCAGCUGCAGUUCCCUCCUGGCUACCACUUCGUGCCGACCGAGCAGGAGCUCCUCAGCUACCUCCGCAGCAAGAUCGAGGGCCAGGAGCAGCCUCUCGCCGUCGUCAACGAGGUCGCCAUCCUCGACUGGCAGCCCGGCAGCCUCGAGGAGGAGCCCAACCGGAAGGUGAGGGUGCCGGGCGUCAAGGCGACGUGGAAGGCGACGGGGAGCGUGGCGCCCAUCGCGGCGGCGAGAGCCAAGCAGCAGGACGACGGCGGGAAGCCCGCCGAGGAGGAGGAGGAGGAGGAGAAGGUCAUCGUGGGCACCAAGAGGGUGCUCAUCUACCAGUCCAGCGACGCCGAGGAGGAUGGCAAGUGGAGCAUGCACGAGUACAUCUUGAAAGGCCACGCCAAGAUGGGGCAGUAUGCCCUGUGCUCGAUUCAAAGGAAGCAGCACUCGGACACCGUGGACAACGCCGGCGAGGGCACCAGCAGCCGCAAGAGAACUAAGGCCACUAACGGGGAUCCGGGGAAGGCUAAGAAGAGGAGGACAACGAAGCCAGAUACUCAACCAGAGGGAUUGGUGCUGCAGCAACUACAAAGAGACAGGAUCCAUCGAGGCACCACUGAAACAGAAAUCCAGGACAAGGAGAACUGCUACAAAGAGAAAGAAUAA